AUAUAUAUAUUUAUAUCGUUUUAAUAAUCGGAGAGGAGGAAACGAUCCGAUAAUUGUCUCUGUAUAUAUCUCUUGACAAGCGAGGGGAUGAGCGGUCGAAAAUCCGGCGGCUAAAAAGAGCACGAGGCAGGAGGAGUGGCCGUUUUUACGAAGUGGCUGUUCACGUGGCCAUGCAUAUUCACUCUGCCACGGGAAAAACAAACGAAAUGAAAAGUUUAUAGCAGGGGGGAGGGAGGAUCUUCCCGCGAGGAAAAGCUCCGACGUGACGAUUUUCCCCCCUCUUUCUUCUUCCGCCUCUUCCUUCUCGCGCUCGUGACGGGAAAUUAAACGAGCCUUUUUUAUUUCGUCGCCGCGGUAGGGGAUUAACAGUCAGUUUACGAAGCGGCACGAAGCCGGUGGAAGCCAGUUGGGAGUCGUGAUUUCCGCGGGAUGGCAGAUUCCGACGGAACGGUCGGCUUUCGUCCAAGCGUCGAACGAAAAACGAACGUCCUCCUUCGCGCUUAUUCCGUCGGAAUCUUCGCGCGAAGACUUUCGAAAACUUUUCUAUCUCGCGUGCGAGGAAAAAAAUCGUUGGACGUUUCUCGUUUCGACGAGGUAAAAAUCGCGGGUGGACUGAUCGGCGCGCGAAAGUGACGCGAAUCAAAGUGAUAAUCCAUUCACGGCUUAUCCAAGAACAGGCUUAUCGGUUUUCAAUUUACACCGAUGUGCCUCGAUACUUUGCCGCGAGGAAUAUUCGAUCGACAGUCACGCCGGUGAUAUACCUCGAUAUACCUUCACGUUCGUCCCUCUCCUCUCGAAAAUUCCUUCUCUCUCUCUCUCUCUUCGUUUCCAAGCUUUUAUCGAACCUACGCUUUUUUCUCGUCGACCGAAUCAUCGUCGAGCUCUCCUCUCAACCCCCUCCACGAUUAAAAUAAAAUCGCGGCGAUAGGCGACGGAAUAGCCGUUGGGAAACACGUAAUUACCGCGUGAUAAUCGAGGGAGACGAACCCUAGCGAUCGAGCGCAGCCCGUGCGCGUCGUUGAAUCGGGGCACCGAUAUACGCAGCAACGUUCGGUCGCGCGCCGGAUGAGAUCCCGAGCCGAGCGGUGGAGCGGGCGGCAACGUCGGUGGUGUGCGAGCGAGACGAGGCGAACAGGGAACGAGGCGGGUGGGACGCGCUCCGCCUCUGUGAAAAACUCGCGCGUGGCCCGCGCGUGCGAGAGCGCGGGGGUGCGGGGCGACGAGGAGCGCGGUCGGAGGAGACGGACCGGAUCAACGGUGGAGGAAGCUGGGAGGAACGUUAAAUGAAUGUUGUUGCAAGGGGCGGGUGUGAUCGUGAGUGUGGAAACGGUGCACGGCCGAUUUCAAUUCAUAAAUGCGCCAGAGGAGGAGCCCACAAUGGUGGCUCGGCUCCCGCAACAAGUUCUACUGCUGCUCGUACUCGUGACUGGGGCGGCCGCGGAAGCCACACGCGAGGAGGAGUCACUGUGGGAUACGCACGAGGCGAGAAAGGGAGGCCGAACGACCUUUGCAUGGUCCUCCACCACGGAACGCGCGACCGGGGAAACGAAAUCUAUGGGAAAGUUUGACCGGACGACUUCCAGCCACGCGGACACCCCCGAUUCUUCCCGGGAAACGGGGUUGAUGAAGGCAAGCGCCCCCACCACCGCGUGCCCCGACAGGGAGGAGAGGAUAGAAGCGCGGGGGAACGCGUUGCCAGCGUCGAGGGAGAACGAUACGGGGAAGGUGAAGAUGUCGAAUGGUCGAUACUCGAGUUCGGGGAGCAUGGAGGACGACGACACGGGGCGAAAGAUAAAUCUGUCCGCCCGGUCGACGGCGACGAGCAUCGACAAGAAGGUCGUUUUCACCAGAAAUUUCGACAACAUAGUGGCGACCAAGGGAACCAAGUUAACCGAGAAUCGUUCGAAAAAUCAUUGGAACGCCGAUACGCCGAGGACGAAAGCGUACAACGUGAACGACGUUAUACGCCGGCAAAUGAGGCACGUGCCGGACGUGUGCGACAAGUUCAGCGUGGGCGACGAGUCGAAACGGGAAUUUUACAGCCCCAACUACCCGGACAACUAUCCAAACCUUACCGAGUGCAUCAAGAUAUUGAAAGAGGCGGGAGUGCCACCAGAGCCGGAGGAUUGCGUGAGGGAGGUGAGCGGCGUGCAGGCGAUCAUUAGCAGCGAGGAUGUGAUAGACAGGAAGACGCUAUCCGAAAAGGAAGGCAUCCCUCUCGAUUGCUUGUGGAACAUCACGGUCAAAGAAGGAUGGAAGAUUCAGCUGACGUUCUCGGAUCCCUUCAAACUGCAACGACCGAACGAGUGCGACGCCAACUUCGUGGACGUGUUCAAAGAACGCACUGACAUGUCCUCGAGAGAGAAGAAUUUCUGCGGAAGUAUCGCCGACACCGUCCUCAUCGGGACCAAUACCGCCUUUGUCAGGUUUUACACGGAGCCUAAAGCGCUGAACAGCAGCUUCGAGGCCGUGAUGACAGCGCUCAGGGACAGAGAUCCCGGAGACAAACCUUGCCUCGAUAACGAAUUCUACUGCGAGGACGCGACUUGCAUCGCCGCCGAAUUGCAAUGCAACGGCAGGGUGAAUUGCCGCUUCCGAUGGGACGAAGAGGAUCAAUCUUGCAACAAGAAGAAAUCGCGGCUGAUCGAUUCCCAGCAUAUCGUCAUAAUCCUGAUCGUUUUCUCGUUGAUCAUGUUCGGCAUGAGCUUCGCCUUCGUGUUCAACUGCGUGCGGAAAUUGAUCCGGGACCAUCGAAUCAUCCAAGAGCACAUCAGACAGUCGAGGGAAAAUCGAUUGGACGAGCUCGGUCGCAAGGCAACACCCUGCCCGAUCUCGUCUUCGAGAACGGACAUCAGGGACCGAGUGAGCGACUCGCCGAGUCUGGAAGUGAUCCCUAGCAAGGAACUUUUACCACCCACUAUGUUAAUAGCGCAAGAUUACGCGAAAGAUCUGGUGCUCGAAAUGGCAUACAAUACGAGGGAUAUGCACGACAUACAUCAGAGUAACAACGUGAGCAACGCGACGCAGGAACGUUUGCAAGAAUCGAGCGACGAGCCAGAGAUGCGAGACAAUUCUUGUCAGACGCGGGAGAGCCUUUUCGAGACGCGAAUCCCCGACAACGUGAUGCCCGUCGGGUUCACGACAUUCGGUGUCCGCGGACCUAGCUCGCAAAACGGGACCAAUCAUCUCCAUUAUCACCGCCAUCAUCAUCUCCAUCAUCAAAGCCCGCCGCAAUCCCGCCAAACAUCUCAGCCUUCCCAGCAAUCUUCCGAGCACAGCUCUCAACAGCAAUGCUCGGGCUGUAGCCCGGCAUCGAGGGGUCGGGACGGGAGCAUGGGUAUUUGUCCGAAGCACAACCCGAUCCCCGCGCCGCCUGGCUGGUCUACCCACGAGCCCGGUUAUUCAUUGCCCCCGCAUCAAGGAUCCGCUUAUCCCGAGCCUCCGGAUUACCCGUCGUACCAGAGGUUUCAAAGCCCGAAACCGAGCAGGGAAAACAGUGUCUACCGUCAAUCGCCGAAAUUAUUGAGGCAAGGAACGAUCGGGUCGGGGGAGAGGUAUGGCAGUUCUAUCUACGGAUCCGGGCAUGGAUCUAGCAACGCGUCGAGCACUCAGCACUCCGGCACGCCGAAAUGCCCCGAGCAAACGACACCCGACCCUAGGUACAGAGCGGAGGCGGUGAUAGAGGUAGAUCAGAGGCGACCUUUCAGCAUAGAGAGCACAAAGAGCGCGCCGGAUGUGAUCGCAACGCACUGACGCCGGGGUCCUGGGGAUUGGGAGCCCUACAAGAGACGCCAUCCCCGUCAAACUGUCACUGAUGCUCAGUCGCCCGGUAGGAAUGACGGGAGCAAGGUCACUGUGGCCACCCAAAGCUCCUUGGACGACGAUGCUUCGACCAGUUCCACGAUAGAGGCAAACUCGUCCUCCUGAUCCACGCAUAUUGGCGCGAUCGAUCCGCCUGAUCAACCGGAGCGUGAGGAUACGGACGGUGUUGCUUCGUCCAUGGAUGAAUCUACUCGGCGCGUAAUUCGGGAUUCCGAGGCAUCGAGAUUGUACGGGGCGCGAAAUGAUCUUACGUUAACGAGAUCGGUGGAAAUGGACGGAAUAAAAGAACCAAAGACUUGUUUAGACAACACCGGUGAAUUAAGCGAUAUAUCCGUUUCGGAGUCUAUCGGGAGAAAUACGGGAACGUUUACGGGAAGUGAUAUCACAGCGAUCGUGCAGUCGAGUGGACGCGACGCGACGCAGUCGAAGGAGAAUUUUCCAGUUUCGAAGGUCCGACUGGCUUUAAAAUUGAACGAUCUCCCGAUUCUGAGGCCCCCGGAGGCCUUCAGGGCUCCCAUCUUCCGCUGCAAAAUGCCGACCCUAGCGUGGCAGCAUUGCGAUUGCCCAUCGCAUUCCCACUUGCCACCACGAAGAUCCUCCGCGAUCUGGAGUGCCUUGAAACACUACAGUCAGGAGCCCUUCUAUAGAACUUGGCCUAACAGAACCGCCAGAAGGUUCAUUCGACCAUCGAGGAGGACCGUGGGCACUCAAAGUUCAUUGGAUGGCUCGCGAUCGUCCCUUAGCGCUAUUCGUUGCGUGGUCAGAUCGAUCGAUAUGACAGAAAGUUCGAUGGAUCUCGAGAUAGGCGCCACGAUACCUUUCUAGUGUUUAUUUUUCAUCCGAGAGGAUUUUCUUCCUUGUGUUGGAUCGAUUGGAUUACGGACCAAAGAGUUUUCAAACGAGAACGCGGUACUAUCUCUAUGUUAUUGUUGAUGUUACGAUACAGAACGCUUAGAAUCGUUUCUUGUUAUUAUCGGAACGCUAUUUUGCUAAUCAGUGUGUUAGAUUGCGAAUUAUGGUUACCAUUACACGGCUUUCGCUAUUGCUAUAUCUGUAUAUUCUUUUUAAGACGUAAACAACACGCGUAUCGUAUCGCGUCGAAACGAAAACAUAUUAGCGAAAUAUACGUCGCGUCGUUUGUUUUUCACGAACGUUCGUUUCCCGCCAUUUUGUAUAUUCGCAAUAUCUUAACGGUCGUUCGAUCAAAGAGAAGGACUUACCAUAAUUUUCACUGCAUUCUCUUCAAUUACAUCAUACGUUGAUACCGAUAAUUAAAGUACACUUUACAAAGUACAAUUUGUGAUCUAACACUCGUAUUUGUUGAAUAAACACAAUGAUUUUCGCGCGAAUAGAAUCGAGCCGAACAGAAUGUAAACAUAUCGAGACCGAGACACAUUUCGUACUGAAGGUUAGUUAUAUCUGGAUGUGUGCAGAUGGCGUUUCGCGGCGAUCAUCUAGUUUUAAUCGAACUACUUUGAAGUGAUCGCGUAGUGUUUACACAGUUGAGUAAAACUCGAAGUGAAGUGAUAGAAAAUUUAUCGUGAAAAGCUGCAAGCAGUUAUAAAAAAGUUAUCUCGGGCAACGAGUAAGUAGAUUUCUCAUUAAAAUAUGUCAACUCGCCUAAUGAACAUUGAUAUGUUGAACAAGUUGAACAUAGCCUAACUCUUUUUUAUACACGGUAUCAAUUUCGCGAUUCGAUUAUCGAAAAAACGUAUGAAUAUGAUAUUACAAUAGGCAAACUAUUUUUUCACGGUAUUUCCACUAAUAGUCGAGCAUGAGGCAUAGUUAUUCGUAUCCGAUUAAAAAAAGAAUCGAAAGAAUGCAUUUAUGAAUCGAUAACGUGUUACAGCUCGAAUAUGUCCGAUACGAAUCGAUCGAUAUCGACUACGUCGUGUUCCUUGAGCGAGUGAAAAAAGUUUGUUUGCUAAUUUUUGUAAAGAUUCCAAAACGACGAAUAACCUAAUAAUUUCUUAAUCUCAGGAUCACUAAUUUCACAAUCACGUUAUGAAGAAUUUAUCUUUUUACGAUAAUAUAUUCGACAUUUUUUUUAGAAAAUAUGUAAUCGUGCACGCACGUUUCAUUGACAAUCGACUCGUUGCUUUCAGUUGUAUACCAUUCGUCGAUCGAUCGAUUGAUUGAAAGAGAAAUACAGGCUUUCGUGAAAAAUUGGAAUUUCGAGAGGAGCGUGCACCAAACAUCUAGUAACAAGGUAAAUAAUUAAAUUAGUCAAUUAAAUAUUAAACGAUCGAGCGAGGAAGAGAAUAGGAUUAAUGUGAAACGAAAAUGAACGAAAGAGAUAGAACCAAAAGCGUGUUGACCGUAUGCAGAUAUAUUGUGAAGCUGUCAGGAAUUUAGCGAUUAGUAAUCGACAAAUUUUCGCUUCUGUACAGAUUACGUAUUAACGUUCAUCGUUUAGGACAGAAUGUACAGAGUGUACACAUUUGUAUAUAAACGACACAUGAUCGUCUGUCCAAAUGAUACGUCAGACGAAUAAUAAAUAUAGUACUUUUAAAA